AGGUCUGUCAGGCCUACACAGAUCCUGUCUCAAGUCUACUUGGUCAUUUUAAAUUGGAAUAUUUUACCUUUAAAUCUGAUCAUAAAAUAUGCAACAUUGCUCAUAACAUGUAGCUACGCUAUUUUGUAAGAUGGGACUUUGAUCCAGCUUCCUGCGAAACAAGGAACAAGGAAGUCCAACCGUGACUCGCCUACUCGUCUCUCGUUUAACAAUUUAUGGUUUUAAAGCAGGAAUAGAUUGUUGGAGAGACUCUUCUAAAUGCAACGCAUCAGUGAAAGCGCGCGGACGCACAGCUCUGUCGCAAUGGAGUACUACAAGGCGGCAAUGUUGCUGAGUGGUGUUGGUGAUGCUCUGGGAUACAAAGGGGGUGAGUGGGAGUUCAAUUUCUCUGGACCAGACAUUCUCAAGGAGCUGAAACAGAUGGGUGGUCUGAAGAAAAUCAAGGCCAAGCUCCCAGGCUGGCCUUUGAGCGAUGAUACAAUUUUACAUCUUGCAACAGCUGAAGCUUUAGCAACAGGAAAGGAAGGAGAGGCUCUGCUGCACGAAGUGGCUGCUCUAUAUAAAAAAGGAAUGCAUGAUAUGAAAGACAGGGCACCAGGAGGAACCACUGUCAAUAGUGUGUCUAAACUCAGGCCUGGAAAAAAAGGGGGUUACCGGGUGCCCUACUGCCCAAGAUCAGGGGGAUGUGGAGCUGCCAUGAGAGCCAUGUGCAUUGGUUUGAGGUAUCCAAAGCCAAAGGAGUUGGAAACUUUAGUGGUGGUUGCCGUGGAAACAGGCAGGAUGACCCACCCUCACCCCACAGGGUUCCUGGGGAGUGUAGCUGCGGCCCUGUUUACAGCAUAUGCCGUUCAGAGGAGACCCAUGGAGUCCUGGGGGGUAGGACUCCUCAAUGAAGCCUGUCCAGUUGCAAAGACCUAUGUGAGGAGAGCAGACUUUGCUGUGAAAGAGACAGAGAGAGACUGGAACUACUUUAUUGAGAAGUGGCAGAGCUACUUGGAUUUGCGUGGGCUGUCGAAUGGGGUGGGCCCUGUGAUUUGGCCUGAUGCAUAUGGUCCUGCUGAGAGAGAUAAAGCCUACAAGAGCUUUAGUUUCAGUGGCUGGGGAGGAAGCAGUGGUCAUGAUGCUCCAAUGAUCGCAUACGACGCCUUACUGGGGGCAGGAGCGGACUGGGAGGAGCUUAUGAACAGGGCAGCUUUUCAUGGUGGUGACAGCGAUAGUACGGCUGUGAUUGCCUGCUGCUGUUGGGGCGUCUUAUACGGCACAAAUGGAGUCCCAGAAGGAAAUUAUGCCAACCUGGAGUACAGGGACAGACUGGAGAAAUGUGGGGAGCAGCUGUAUGCCCUUUCACACGGUUUCACAUUUCCACAACACAAUUCCAGUGCACAGGAGAUGUGUAUGAGCCAAAAUGAGUUUGUGACUGUUGAACAAUAACAGAGUACUCUUCAAGUUUAGCACGUUGUGUAUUGUUUUUAAAGGAUCCCCAUUAGUCUCUGCAAGUGCACAGACCAUUCUGCCUGGGGUCCACUCUCAUUGAAGGCAUAACAUAUUGACUGUACAACAGCAAAUUACAGUAAAAAUCAAUUUAUAACAGCAACUGCUAUCAUAAGAGGAAUAGGCAGAACACGCAUAUACAUAAGUUAACCACAAUGCUUGCUUAGCAUUCUUUUCUUGAGAUGUUUUUUUUAAAAGCAAGAUGAUUGUGUAUCAGCAUAAGUUGUUGAGGAAGGUUAUUCCAGUAUUCAACUUUUUUUCAUGCAUUUGUUAUUGGUUUAUUAGGCAAAAUAAAGGUAGCAUAGGAGGCUCGCGUUGUGUGACAGACAUGGACAUGUCAGUGAGAACAUGCUAAAAGGCCUGUGUGUCAUCCAAACUUUAUGUAAGGACAGAACCAAACUAUGCAAGAUGAUUCAAAGAUGGUGCAUGUAUCACAGUUUAAGACCCACUAUAUUUUCUUUAUAUAUUUCUCAAAAUUUGUUUACAUUGUCUUGUUAUUCAAACACAAUGGACUCCUGAAGACCUUGCUACUGUAUCUGACCAGUGCACAUAAUUAUUAACUAGGUGGAACAAAUUCCACAUUAUUAUUACUGCAGGGCAUCCGCUGAGAAGUAAUUGCUUUAUUUGAAGAUUUCUAUGCUUUAAAUUAAAUGCGGUAUUGAAUCAAAUGUAAAAUUAAUGCAAUAAAAGACUAAAGUUUUACAACUGUAUACAAA